CAGAAUAAAUUGAAGGCCCACAGUUGCAAUUGUAUACACCACUUACAACUUUUGAUGAAGCGCGUGUAGACGUUCUCCAAAUACAAAGAUGAUCCGAGUUCUACUGAUCGUUGCGACAAUCAUUGCAUUGGAAAACCAGGGUGAUGCACACUUUAUACCGUACUCAUCACCAAAUGAUGCUGUAGCAUUUUGGCCGCUGAAUGAUAAACAUUUCCUUAAUGACACGUCUGGGAAUGAUAAUCAUGCACAGGACAUUUGGGGUAAUGUAACGCUGAUACCAGAAAACGCCAGGGGACGUAGAUGCGGCGCUUAUGAAUUCCGUGGUAACCCCAGCUCGUAUUUAUUUUUUCCAAACAAUGGUGCUUUCGACACGAAAAAGUCAACCACUAUCAUGGCGUGGGUUUAUCCGUAUGGUAAUGCGGGUCCUAUUUUCUUCUUCGAUCCAAAUACGACGGUUGAUGGUGUUCAAUUGAGGCAAAUAUUAAAUGGUACGGAGUUGUAUGCACGUGUUAUAUUUACUAAACGCAACACAGUUCCAGUACUUCCAAUAGACAUAAAGGUACCAGCGUUGUAUGAAUGGUAUCAUUGGGCUGUCGUGUACGAUUUUGACAAUCACACUGGGUAUGCGUACUUAAAUGGGAAUUUCAUAGCGUCUAUAGUUCUCACCCCAGGAGAAAUAGCAACUCAAGCUGAUGCACAAGCAGGCGCCGCAUUAUAUCCUCAAGAAUGGUUUAAUGGUCUAUUAACUUGUAUACAAAUUUACAAUAGAACAUUGGAUAUAUAUGAAAUACAUACAGCCGCGCAUCGUCCUGAAUGCGAAUGUAACGUGGGAGGUGACCCUCACAUAACUACUUUAGACGGACGUGAUUACAGUUUUCAAGGCAUCUGUUGGUAUACACUUGUAAAGGACUGCUCCAGCACCAACCCUCAGUUUGAAAUCACCGCUGAUUUAGCGCCACGAGACGAUAUUGGUGAUCAAAUUAGGACCAGAGCCGUUGCCAUCAAUGUUACAGUCGGAGAUGAAAGCGUUGUCGUUGAUCAGAACAAUGUACCGAGUGAGAGUGAUGACAGUCUCAAAAAUAUAAACAUCGUACACGAAGGCGACAAGGCAAUACUGACUUUCGAGUUGAAAGACACAACAUUCAAAGUAUUCUGGACUGGGAAGAAACACUUUUUUAAUAUUGAAUUCACUGGUGAUUAUUAUCGCGGAAAGAUGUGUGGUCUGCUUGGUAAUGCUGACGGUGAUGCCAAAAAUGACUUCCAGAAACCCAACGGUGUUAUUGUAAAGGAUCCUAUUGAGUUUGGAGAGAGCUGGAAAGUUCAGGGCAAACAAUGUUAAUGUAUACCACUGGACAGUCAACAGGUGCUCACAGGUCUCACUAUAUGAAUAUUAUAAAUGAGGCUUAAUGUAGAAACGCAGAUUCAGUUAAAGUGGGUUUGGUUGUUGGGUGUAUACUAAGUUUCUAUUCUCUCUGUUGGUACAAUAAAGGGCUAGCAAAAGGGCA